AAGCCAAAGAGUUGCCCUAAAAUCACGGAAUUCCCGCGCAAAUGCAAAACGGUCCCGUCCCAACCCAACCCAACUAAACCAGCAAGAAAUCGCGAAUCCCAAGGCAAAAAAAACUCAACUUCCGAACCGUCACGAUUUCUCUUUCCCAUUGAUUUGCAUAGCGAUUCACACAUUUGAUCCCAUUCAAACAAGCAAAUCGUCAUCUCUCUAGAUUUAGGGUGAAGAAAAGAGGCGGUGGGGGUGAUGUCGUGGUUUAGAUCCGCCGUGAGCAGAGCUGUCGAAGCUGGUGGCACCAGCAACCUCACUCGCGCCGUCCGUAGCUACGCCGACUCCGUCGUCCAACAAGCCGGCUAUGCCGUCGUCGAGGGCGCAAAGGUUUUGCAAGAUCGCAUUGUGGCUCGUAAUUUUCAAAGUUUUAAGCUUGCUGUUAAAAGAUUGGAAGAAGUUUCUGUUUCUUGCAGAGGGAUAGAAAGAGUUCAGUUACUAAGAAGGUGGCUGGUUGCACUGAAAGAAAUUGAAAGAAUAUCUGGAGAUUCUAUUGAGAGUAGUCGAAAGCUCUCUGAACAACUUCUUAUGUCUGAUGAAACCAAGAAUUCUCUGAGGAAGCCUACUUUGGUUCUAUAUUAUGACCCUGAUCUUGGGGGAGAACCCAUCAAUUUCCAUUAUCUCUUUCUUAGUAGUCAAGCUCUGGAAGGCAUGACAAUGUCCAUGAUUCUUGAAGCACCAAAUCAGGAGGAGAUUUCUCUACUUCUGGAGAUAUUUGGGCUUUGCCUCACAGGAGGAAAAGAAGUUCAUCAUUCAACCUUGGGCAGUGUACAAAAUUUGGCAACUGCUUUUUCAAGCUAUGAGGAGGAAGUAUUGGUUAAGCGGGAAGAACUGCUCCAAUAUGCCCAAGGUGCUAUUGCGGGCUUGAAAGUAAAUGCUGACAUUGCAAGAAUAGAUUCUGAAAUUGCAGAAAUACUUAAAAGUCUUGAUGGGAUGAAGUUCAAGAAGCCAUCAACUGAAGUCAGUGAUAAAUUAUCUGAAGAAACAGCUGUUUCACCAAUGGAGGAACUGAAAGAAGCCCUGGCAAAUGUUCAACUCUAUUCGAGGUUGGAUUCACUUUUAGUGAAGAAAAAAAUCUUAAACAAUGGUGAUUCUCCAGAUAUUCAUGCUCAAAAGGUUGAUAAAUUAAAAGUUUUAUCAGAAUCUCUAGCUAACUCCGCCUUGAAAGCUGAAAAGCGCAAGUCAGACCAUAGAUUACAGAAAGAAGAAGCUCUUAGUUUUCGUAUAAUGAAAGCCAGUGAAGUCAAUGAAAUUGAGAAGGAUUUGAUAUCCGAGAUUGGAACACUUGAAAAGCAGAGAUGUGAACUUGAAGCUGCUUUGAGAAAGGUCAACACCUCAUUAGCAGCAGCAAGGGCACGUCUUCAGAAUGCCAGAGAAGAAAGAGAACAGUUCGAUGAAGCAAGUAAUCAGAUUCUUUUUCACUUAAAGACGAAGGAAGAUGAACUCUCAAGAUCUAUCACUUGUUAUAAAGCAGAAGCAGAUGUUUGCAGCGCGUUUGUUAAUUUUCUUGAAGAUACGUGGCUGUUCCAAUCUGAAUAUACAGAGAAAAAGGAGAAGCUGGUCAAUGAUCAACUGGGGCGGUACAGAGACAAUUUUGUGAAACUGGCUUUUCAUCUCUUAUCUGAUUACAAGGAUGGGUUGCAGUCUUCCAUAAUCAUUUUCAGGAAACUUGUGGAGAACUUGAAUUCAAGUGAAACGUCAGAGUUAGCAGCUUGUACACGGGAUGAAAAUUCACAUCCAGUAAACCCAAGACAAAAAUUUGUAGAAGAAUAUCUUGAUUCUGAAGCCAAGUUUAUAUCCACAUUCAAUGUAGUUGAGAGCAUAAAAGAGAAGCUCUGCUCUCAAAAUGAAGAGGCUUACAGGCAUGGUAAUCAAAGGGUUAAAGAGUUACUAGACGAUCUUCAGAAUAUCAAAGACGAAUUUGAAUCCAUUGGAAGACCCACAAUGGAAAUCGGAAGUCCAACUCAACAAGAAGAGUCAGGAAUCGAGGAGAGCCCUCAAAGAAGUGUAUCUUCAACGCCGGAACUGAACAAAGAAAAUGAAUUGGAGAUCACUGAGAAACCCGUUUUGGAAACUGAGACUCCUAACCAAGGAGCAGUGACACCAUCAGAGAAGAGUUCUGAAAGUAAUUAUUCCCCUGCUGUCAAACAGGGCCCAGAUGUCAAACCUGAAUCAAAUUUGGUAACUAGAACUCCAAGCCAAAGAUUAGAGACUCCAUUAAAAGAAAUUUCCCAGGGAAGUCGGCCUCCUACUCUCAAACAACCUGCAGAUGAUGAAGUUGAAUCCAUUGAGAGACUGAAGUUGGAAACUGCAACCUCAACUCCAACAUUAGCCCUGCCGCCAAAAGGAACAAGCCUGGAAAGUUCAUCUCCUAUUCUCAAACAGACAACUGUGAGAUCAAAAAGCAAACGGGAUGAUCCAUCAGAACCUUCUGUGGCUAGUAGAGGAAAGGCAUCAGAUACCAAGCAGGAAUUUAAACUGGAGGAAGAAAGAAAAGAGCACUCUGCUGAAGAGCUUGCUGGGUGGGAAUUUGAUGAACUUGAGGAGGAACCCAAAAACAAUGACAUGUCAAGAAAAUAACUCAAACUUGCCUCUAGUUUUCUGAUUCAAUAAGCAGAACCCAUUGACGCCUUGAUAAACUGCCACAGCAUUUUAUCUCAUAAUUGUUUUCUUAUAACCAUUCAAUGUCUGUACCCACACAAAUGCUGCUCAGAUCUAUAUGAAGUGUAAGACGUAACUUCGGAUCCACUGGAACACAAUUUCUUAUGGGUUGGCUUGUGGUUUCCUGUUGGGCCACCCUACAGGAUCUCUCUGUAAAUUUUGUUUAUAUUAUGAAAAUGUCACUGUACGUUAUGUUAUCCGAUAAUAAUAUUUUUUCUGUGCGAUUA